AUGGAGGAGGAGACGGGAGCGGCCGUGCGACGCGGCUGUCCGGAGCCGCUGGAGUUGGAGCGGAGGAACCUCCUGUCCGUGCGGCGGCGGCGGCUGCGCCGAACCCUGCAGUGCCGCGUCCCGCUGCAGCGGCUGUUGGUCGUGGCCCGACUCCGCGAGGAGGUGACGGAGGAGGAGGUGGCAGGUUAUCACAGAGAAUUGUUUGAAGACGCGUCAGAAUACCACACAAGAGAACGAGUUUCAGGGCUGCUGCUUCUCAGUUCCGGACAUGUUCUUCAUGCAGUGGAAUCUUGCAGUAGCACAAUACAUUUUCUCAUCCGAGCUCUUGCUUCUCUCCAAAAUCAGGGUCCUAGUGCUCUUCUCCAGGAAAUCAAAGCCCUGGUGGUGGCACACAACAUCCCGAGCAGGCUGUUCACGAGGUGGGAUGUGGCAGUGGUGACGUCUCCUGCGACACAUCCAGAAGACUCAACGCAAUCACAGUCUAUAGAAGAGGUGGUCGCAGAGUGUCUUACGCUCCUGGUCAACGUGGCAGACUAUGUGCUAAAAUCUGCUGAGGGUGACAGCAAGGCCAGCAGUGACAGUCUGCACACUCUUGCCCCUGAGCUGCUCAUCCCAGCAGAGACUAUUGGCUACUUGUGUAAAGCUGAAGAAUGUUCAAGCCCUGUAGAUUUUCUGAGAAUGUAUUUGAGUCCUAUUCAGCCUGCCCUGGAUUCAGAAGCUGUAUGGCCCGUUCCCUUGCACUUAUCUGCUUGAUGCAGUGUGUUCCCAGUGCUUCUUCUUGCACUCUCCUGCUUCACACGAAUUCCAACACAAAGAUGCAUGGUUUCCAUUGCAGUCCAUGAGGCAGGAGGAGCUGAGCAGCAGCAGCCCCGCAGCUGCAGAGCCCAGGGAUAACUGCACUGCUGUGGGUGUGGAACUGCCAUCUCAUGGGCUGCAGAAGUGGCCACAUUAGUGAUGCACUUGAAUAAAUAUACCUUAAGUUGA